AUGAAUCUUCGGCUCCAGCUUCUUUACUUCGUGGUUGCUGCUGCCUUCUACAAAGUUGCUCUUGCAGAAGUCUUUGGUUACGUGGCUUACAAUGACAGCUCCAAGUGCUUCGCUUAUAAAGCCCUGCCUGCAUGCUUUGGGCCACGACUGCCAGCUGAAGGGCUGACAGGGUAUUUCACGAAGGUGAUACCACCAAAUGCUUGUCAUCCGAUAGAGACUCCUCCAGCACUAAGGAAGGCCUACGAGACACAUAUUGCACUCAUACAGGGGUAUGACUGCUCUUUUGUCAAGAAGGUCCUUCAUGCCCAGCAGGCUGGAUACCAAACCGCUGUUGUGUACAACAUGGAUUCAGAGCAACUGGUUACCAUGAUGGCUGACGACAAAGAAAUCCAGCAGCUGAUUAAGAUACCAUCACUCUUUACUGGACAAUCGGUCUCCCUCCACUUCCAAAGGAUUUUGCAAUGUGACAAAGGGGCAUACGUGAGGCUUCUACCACCCAAACAGUAUCUGAGUCCUUGUCAAGACAAUGCUAAAAUGCUGCAGAAAACUUUCGUCAUGCAAGACUUCAGAGACCUAUUCUAUGUCAUUAUUGCAACCAUCCCUGUUAUGGUUGGCUUAAGCUGGUACAAGAGGGCUCGCAAGAUAAAGCUGCACACCUACAAGCAAGGAGACAAAUAUGAAACCUGUGUGAUCUGCAUGGCAGAGUACAAGGAAGGGGACCGCCUGAAGAUCCUGAGCUGUUCCCACGCUUACCACAGUGUCUGCAUUAACACCUGGUUCCGUACCCAGUCCAGCAAGAAGAUAUGUCCCUUCUGCAAGCAGGUGGUGAACACCUAUGGGCAAGGUGACCUCCUGCCAGAGCAGGCUGGUAAAGAUGCCAACGAGGAGGAACAGGACCACGAAGACAAUGCAUUCAGAGAAGGCCAUGAAGAUGAAUAUGUUGCAAGCGCAGUGGAAGGGGAAGGAUUUGGUGCACUGGAGAACAGCACCAUUUGA